AUGGGUGAGGCUAUGGAGACCGAGUCGAUCACACCGCAGCCUACGCUAGAUCCAUGGGAGUACGAUGCUUGGAUCCGAUCUAUUGAGCGGAAAAUGCUGGGCUGCGAGAAUGCGUCGGAACGCCCUGCAUAUAUUCCCGACUUGCUUCGCGCAAUGCAAGAAUCGCUCCAUGUGAUGGCGCUUCGACCACGCGACUGGCAUAUUUAUCUUAGUGUGCAUAUGAUGCAGGGCGAACUUGAUGUGCAUCAAAUAUGUGCUUUACAUCAGCGCAGUGUUCGUGAUACCUUUGACAUGAGUCUGUUUGUCCGCUGCGCCAGUUUCUGGCUCUGUGCAUGGAUGUGCCACACUCGUUCAUUCAUAUCCUUGGAGCUGAGUGGUACGCCCACAGAUGCAGAUGGUGCACCGUACAAUGUGACUCAACUCGUGGAAGCAUGGACGGGUCUGUCAUCUCCCAAUGUCUUGCCGUGCGGCAUGUACGAUCCUGCUCACUUUGGCAUGACAUUGGAUCUGGACGAGCACCAAGUACGAGACUCUCUUCGUGAGUUAUACAGCCAGUGCGCAUGGCAUUUGAGCGAGAGCUGCUUGAUAUGGGAUCUGUAUAUGGCGUUUGAACAGGCCCUUCUCGAAUCUGAUCCCAGUGACGCACGUGUCCAGAUGGUGAAACAGGCCUUUAUUGCGAGACUUCAAGUCCCGCAUCAGGGUGUAGAGACCACAUUUCAGCGUUUAUCGAGCUUUGUAUCCACAUACCUACCUGCUUCUGAGUAUGAGCCAGUCAUGUCAAGCGCCAACAGAGCCUAUGCUGAGACCAUGGAUCUUUGGCGCCUUCGCGAGUCAUUUGAAGAACGAAUCGCAAUGUCAAAUGAUUUACAUGCACACUGGUAUCCUUACUUAGCGUGGCAAACGCACCGUAUCAAGCAGAUGCGCACGGCGAAGGACAAGUCGCAUCUUUCGACGGAAGAAGAGCUCGGCUUCACGCUGUACCGUCGGGCCAUCCACAGGUUUGGUUCUUACCCCACAGCUCGCAAUGCCGAGGAAUCAGCUUCCCAUGCAAAUGUACCGCCCACACCGGAUAUCGAAAAGCGUUGGAAACAAGCGCAAGGGCGAAAAAGCCACAAAUUGUUGGAAACAGAACGAGAACGGGCCCGCGUAGAAGUACGGCCUUUAGUCGCUGUCUCAGAAGGCUUGUGGCUCGAUUUUCUCGCUUUACUUUCCACACCAACACUGAAUCUCGACGCCUUUCUCGUCCUAUGCUCCCAAGCCGUCUCCGUCUUACCGCUUAGUGGUCGUUUGUGGGCCGUAUACCUGCGUGCCAUAACGCGGUGCCAACGACCCAAGUCACACAUGCUGGCACUGUACGAGAAGGCGGCUCAUUCCCGAGGUGUGGCCUUACUGGGCGGCGCAUCACUGCUUUCACUACUUCAAGCACGCAUAGACUGUGAGCGAGCCUAUGCAGCAAUGGAAUUGGCUCACGCACAAAAAAAGUCGCCUGAUCAGGUGCUGGUGGUCACUGAGAUGGAUCAUUUUAUGCACGUUUACGAGCUGUUCCUCCACAGUAUUUCCGCCAUGCAGAGGCUUCCAGCCUCUGAGCAGGACGCUUCCGUCGCACUGGAACGAUGUGCGGUGGACUGGAUCGAGCGCGCAGCGCGUGCUCUCGCCCAAACGGCUGGCCUGGAGGCGUCAGCUGGUUUGUACCCACUCGCCGACGAUGUUUGGACACAUGCACUUGAGCAGCACCCAAUGCAUGCUACUGCUUACCUGGAAGCAGCGCAAUACUUUCAACGACGUGAUGAUGACAAGCGCGCACGUCAGACGUACAAGGCUGCCAUGGCCAAACAAGGCCUCGAUAACAAGGCCAGCAUCGUUGCUGCGUGGGUCGCUUUUGAGCAUGCGCGUGGUUCGCCUGCCGAUAUCGAGCAGGCCGAGGCCAAAGCCAAGGUGGAGCAGGACCGCCUAUGGCGCCAGUGGUACAGGUACCAGGCUCAAGAGCCUGCCGCUGCUCCCGAGUCGGCACCUGAAUCGGAGGUCCCCAAGCGCAAGUCGACGCACGAGGAGCAUGAGGAAGAGGCCGCCCCUCCGAAGCGCCAGGACGCACACUCUGUACAACCGGCAAGAGAUCGCGAGUUUUCAUCUGUCCUAGUGUCAGGGAUGCCGCCGGAUGUCUCAGAAGGAGACGUGCGAGCAUUUUUCCGGGACUGUGGGAUCAUAUUUGACAUGAUCGGGCCGCGCAGCCUGGAUGACGCGACGAGUGCUGCCCUGAUUGAGUUUACUGAUCGCGAUAGCGCAGGAGCUGCUCGUACUCGCGACAAGAAGCUGAUGGGUCACUCGGAAAUCAGUGUUGUUCUGUCGUAUCAGUGCACAUUGUACGUGACCAACUUUCCUCCGGAUGCAUCGGACGCCUUAGUGCGCGAGCGCUUCAGCAAGUAUGGACCAAUUUUUGAUGUGCGCUGGCCAAGUCGUCGCUUCAUCCAGUCUCGAAGGUUUUGCUAUAUCCAAUUUGCCACCGCAGAUGCCGCGCGUGCGGCACUCGCUGAGCAUGGCGCCCUGUGGCAUGCAGACCACGCCCUGCAAGUGUUUCUGUCGAAUCCUCAACACAAGAAGCAGCGCUCGGAUGCGAAUGCGAACGAGAAAGAGCUGUACGUGGUGGGUCUGCCUCGCUCUGCCACAGUGGAGCAGGUCCGGCAGUUCUUUCUGCCUCAUACACAUGUCGAAGACGUGCGCAUGCCAUUGCGCCCCGACGGUAAAGCUCGCGGUAUUGCCUUCAUCCAAUGUCGUACACCCCUAGAUGCUCGUCGAGCGAUGCAAGCUACGAACAGCACCAAGUUCCAUGGAAGACUCAUUGCCGUGACUAUGGCCGACGCAGGUCGGUCAUCGAAGAAUUCUUCUGCACCCGAGGCAGAUCGGCGCGCAAGAACCAUCCAUGUGGCAGGCUUACCUCCCGAUGCUCAGGAAGCUUUGAUCCAGCAGGCCAUUGAGAUGGCAAUUGGUCCUGAGACCGUGCGACGUGUGUUCUGGACACCUGGUCGUCCUCCGAAUAGCCAGGGCCUGUGCGACAGCAUGGUCGAAAUGGUGGAUGAAGAGGCAGCAGGCCGCGCUGUGUUAUCAGCCGAUGUCACGUAUGGGACCAUGCCGCUGGCAUUGAGUAUGUACCAGCAGCAAGUGACAUCUUCAACAUCAGCAGCGACCUCGAUGCGCGAUCGACGACGCGGCGCACUUGGCUUUGCCCGGGUACAUUCAUCAGAGUCCACUGAUACCACGCCUAAGGGGCAGGAUGCAUUCCGCCAAAUGCUUCAUCCAUAG